ACUGGCCGUAAUAAUAGGCUCUAUGGCGGGCGGAGGGGGGGCUUCGGCACACCUGAACAGCCCGCUAUGGAAGGUGAGCAGGAUGAGCGCAGAUCGCGGACACGAGCGCCAGAGGAGCGCGCGCAUGGAGGCGGAGGUUCGGCUCGGGAUGCGCAGUGAGGAGGAGAGGCUCCAGACCUUCCACAACUGGCCCAGCGACGCUGCAGUGAGUCCAGAGGAGCUCGCACGGGCUGGCUUUCACUAUCUGGGCUACGGGGAUACGGUGCAGUGCUUCUGUUGUGAGGGCAUCCUGAGGCACUGGGUGGAUGGAGACACGCCGCGAGGGGAGCACGAGAGGCACUUCCCCACCUGUGGAUUGAUGAGAGGCAGGGAUGUGGGCAAUGUCCCGCGGGGCUCCUCUGAUUCUGUGGACGGUCAGCUGCUGAGUCAGCUUCAGCGCUUGACCAUGGACGAGCAGGGCCUGACCGGACAGGCUGCAUACUCGGAGAUGGAGACGGAGGACAACAGGCGAUCUACCUUCCACAACUGGCCCACAGGAGCAGCAGUGCAGCCCGACACACUGGCACGCGCUGGAUUCUUCUACACAGGUCAUGGUGACAACGUAAAGUGUUUCUUCUGUGAUGGUGGUUUGAGGAACUGGGAACCAGGAGACGAUCCCUGGCAGGAGCAUGCCAAAUGGUUUCCACAAUGUGAGUAUUUGCUGCAAUCCAGAGGACAGGAAUACGUGCGUAACGUCCAGCAGUCUUUCUUCAACAUGAAUGGGAGAGGGGGUGGAUCUCUAUCAUCAGCUGCAGGAAACAUUACACCAGUGCGCUCAGACCUGAGUCCAGAGGAGCAGCUAAGGCAGCUUCAGGAGGAGAGGACCUGUAAGGUCUGCAUGGACAAACUGGUGUCCAUGGUCUUCAUCCCCUGCGGUCAUCUGGUGGUCUGCAGCGACUGUGCCGCCAGUCUGCGUCACUGCCCCAUUUGCAGAGCGGUCAUCCGGGGCAGCGUGAGAGCAUUCAUGUCCUGAAGAUCAAAAACACACACUCACAAACGCCAUUAAAAGAUUAGUUCACUUCUA